AUGCCAGCUAGGAUCAUGUAUGCCAUGUAUCCAUUAAUGAAGACAAUAAAUGAACAGAGACGGGAGUUGGGUAUUGAACCCGUAUCUGAUCGGCACGAGAGAACUCGCAACGUUCUCUUUCUUGCCAAUACUUUCUUUGGUUUUGAAGUUGCUCAGCCGCUAUCUCCUAUGUAUAGGGAGGUUGGUCCUAUAAUGUCAGACAAAUACCCUGAUCUCGACACUCCGUUACAUGAAUUUCUUUCAACUCAUGAGAAAACCGUUUAUAUUUCGUUUGGUUCACGUGCUUAUCUAUCACCAAAGAACAAUGGAAUUAUUCUCCAAUCUAUUCUUGAAUCAAUCAACGCGAAAAUAUUUGAUGGUGCUAUCUGGUCAUUUGGACAGACUACAUUGGAUGACUUUCCAUCGACGAUAAUAUUACCAACAUCGAAUUCGGUUGUCAAUGUCAGCCAAAUUCUGCAUGCUCAUCCACAUAUAAGGGUUACCAAAGGACUAAGCCAACAAUUCGCAACGCUUAAUCAUUCACAUACACGCGUGUUU